UCGGGUUCCUGACUACCUGUGACUGUGUGAGUGGAGCUGCUGUUCUAACGCAACAAAGGAUCCGUCUCUACGCGGCUCACACACAUGUUCCACCGCUGGAGUAACGCUGCUGUCACCGGCGGAGGAGAGGACGGACAUCGACUCUCCAGAAACCCGAAACCGUGACGAGAGGAGUUUGUUCGUUGUGGCAUCCACUCGGUCUCUCUGAAGACAUUUGUGGCAUGAAAACAGAUCGCGCUAAUUUUUCAUUCAUCACCUCCUCCUUCAUCACCCUCCACCACUCUCCAGUUAGGAACUCUCUCCCAGCUCCACCGCAUUGAUGAGGUAACGUCAAGCUCCACUCAGCGCAGCAUCCACCUGCUCAAACACCACACUCCCCUUUCCUCCCCCUUCCUUCUGUCAGCCCUUACAUUGUAGCCAUGGGCCAGAAGAUUUCUGGAGGAAUUAAAUCGGUGGACGGUCGCGGGGAAAACGGUGGAUCCCCGUCCUACCGACCCUUGGCUCAUCGCCGGCAGCACCCAGAGCUGAGGGGCCCAGAUUUCUCCAAACCUCCCAGGUUGGAUCUACUUCUGGACAUGCCAUGCGCUGGACCAGACACUCAGCUCCGUCAUGCAUGGAACCCUGAUGACCGCUCGCUCAACAUUUUCAUCAAAGAUGAGGAUAAGUUGACAUUUCAUCGCCAUCCGGUUGCUCAGAGCACAGACUGCAUCCGAGGGCGUGUUGGAUACACAAGGGGUCUGCAUGUGUGGAGGAUCCACUGGCCUACCCGGCAACGAGGCACCCAUGCUGUAGUUGGUGUGGCAACCUCAGAAGCUCCUUUACAUUCUGUUGGGUACACGGCACUGGUCGGGUCAGACUGUGAGUCCUGGGGCUGGGAUCUGGGACGUAACCGGCUCUACCAUGACAGUAAGAACCGGGGGCACAGCUCGCUGCCCUCUUACCCUUGUUUCCUGGAGCCUGAGGAAUCAUUCACUCUGCCGGACUCUUUGCUAGUGAUUCUGGACAUGGACGAAGGAACGCUGAGCUUCAUGUUUGAUGGACAGUAUCUAGGAGUGGCAUUCAGAGGGCUGAAAGGCAAGAAGUUGUAUCCCAUUGUCAGUGCUGUGUGGGGACAUUGUGAGAUAAGCAUGAAGUACAUCAACGGCUUGGAUCCCGAGCCCCUUCCUCUAAUGGACCUGUGUCGGCGUGCAGCCCGCUUGGCGUUGGGUCGGGAGCGGCUUCAAGAGAUCGAGAGCCUCCCUCUUCCUCAGUCCCUCAAAAAUUACCUCCAGUACCAGUGACUGACAGGAGCAGGACCAAGUGAGAGAACAGCGCCACAAGUCAGACCACCAGGAAGUGGAACGGUGGACGGAUGAAACACAUUUAUUUAAAAAAGAUGCAGACACGGAAGACGAAUGGAAGAAUGUCCACACUGAGAGCGCCACAGCUCAACAACGAUGGAGGAGGAAUGGAUGGAAGGAUGAUGGGUGAUUUGAUGGUGGAGGUCCAGGCCUACAUGUAGGGGACAUGACGGCUCCAGAUUCCUUUGGAUUUCAAGCUGCUCAUUUAUUAGUUUUGGAUUUACUGAAAUAAAUUAUUGAUGAUGGGAUCCCGUCAGAGUGAGCCCAUCCUCUGGGAGACGGUGGUAAGAUGAACACCACCACCUAGUGAUGAGAGUGAAAACUGCGACGAGAAGGCACACUAAUCCUACCCUCGGAGGCCUUUCUGACAUACAGUCAAGACAAUAUGUUUGAGUUGGAUACCACAGAGUGUAUCCACAGUCUCCACUGGCACAGGUGACAGCCCAGAGGUCCAACAGCAUUUUAGCACUGUCUUUUUUUUGUGGUGACUCGGAGCCCGACCUAAAGCUCCCACUGCACGCAGAGUAGAUGGAAGCAUGGCUGCAGGGGGAAUGAGUUACUGGCUACAUGCAGAUAUUUGGUGAUAGCCCCUUUCAGACAUGGUAUAAUUAAAAUAUUAAGAAAUAAAAGUACCAGACAGCAGUGGAGUGAAGAAAUAAUGAUGGAAGGAUUUUAAAGUCUUAAUGUUUCUAACUCAGUAAUUUGAUCCUCCAUCAGUUUAUUAAUAUGGCCUGUCGUCUACUGAACCAUCCAACAGGGCACCAGUACAGAAUGACAGGAUGCUACGUUUGCUGAUGUAUGUAAAAUUGUUAUACAUAACUUUAAGAUAUUCAUCAUGAAUAACAGCCAAACAUUAGGGAGAGUAAUUAGGAUUUUUAAAUCCCCCAAAGGAAAAGAAAAUAGUUUUAUAGUUUGAUCUGAGGUGACAUUAUUUGGACAAAAACUGCUGAACAACCUCACUUCAGAUCUUAAAAAAUUCCUCUGUAACUUUCAUAACUUAACAAACAUUAAUCAAAAUUCAGUUUUUAUUUAUUAAGGAUUUGAAGUUCAGAAACUCGCCUGAUCUACUGUAUCAAAGCUGGGUACGUGAGGUCUGAUCAGAUUUGAUGGGGAAUUAUUUGAUUAAAGAAAACAGAUUUUAGCACAAAUGCUUCUCACACAGUUUGUGCUGCUGCUGCUUUUUUGUGUAUGUGAAAAUAUUCAGUUUAGACUUGCGCUGUUUUAGUUUACAUCACUGGGUCCAGCUUAUUGAGACUGUCAUCACUGCCUGAUGAAAGGGGCUUCAUCACAGGGGAAAAACCUAAAUCGCUGUUUAAUGUUUAGUGUUAAGCUGCACUGACAAACAUCCUUAACAGGGCACUAGAUCAUGUAUUAUGUAGUCCGUUGUGUCCAAAGUAUUUCACUCUGAGCAGUGGAGUGCACGAGUGUGUGUGUCGGAGCUGUGGGUCGAGGCGUGCCGCUGUGGAACCAGUGCUAACAUGCUGUUGGCAGUCACAGGAGCCUCCCUCCCUGCUGAUGUCUGUGGCCCCCUGCUGUAGCUCGCUGGUACCAGACAGUCUCUGUCUGCUGUCCGCACAACUGUCUUAAUGACCACAAACAAACAAGCAAACACACAAACAAACAAAGUAGAUCUAGACUCUGGAUCUAUGAUAAAGGCCUGAGCAGGACACAGCAACAUUGCAGCGGCAUCGCAGUGUUUUUUGGGCUCAGAAUAAAAUGCAGAUGACCAACACACACACACA